AUGGAUGCCAAAGAGUUGAGCGGUCAUUCGUUAGAAUAUUUACUUAGUGCAUUGAUUAGAAAUGGCAAACCAAGUGGUGUUUUAAUGUCUAUGCAUAUACCUGCUCCACACCUCUUUGCUCUAAAGACAAGUACAACACCACAAAAACAAUCACCAACAUCUAAUUCUACUGUUACGUAUUAUUAUUACGAACGUGACAUUGAAACCUCACUAUUUUGUUUGGAUUUACUCUGUGAUGUGCUAAUUAGCAACAAUCUAAAUAGAAAUACCAUCACAGAUCGAUUGAAACUCAUUUGGAAUUAUGCAUAUGGUCAUGUAUAUAAGCUCAUGAUAUCAAUUUUACAAAUAUAUGAGCCUAUCAACGUUAUACAAUCCAUUUAUCAAGUCUCUUCAAGUGCACAAAGUGCACCUUCUUCUCUUGGCUCGUCAUCAAAAGUUAGUGGUAGUACUAAUUCACUUCCUUCAGAAAGGGCUAGCCCAAUCUCUACUUCAACAACAACUUUACGUACACGAAUGACCAAACAACAUUAUCAUAUUCUUCAAAGAUGUAUUACAUGUAUUUGGAGAUUAUGCAUGGAAUUGUCUACUCCUUCAACAUCACUUAACCAAGUUACCGACAAAUCCUCUUCCGAGCAACAAGAAUGGUCCUUUAUUCAAAAAGAAAUGUUAUCUGUUCUUAUUGAUCACCUUGGAAAGCAGUGGAAUGAGGGUCUUCUUGGAGUAUUUCACAUGAGCCUACUUCCAAUGAUUCACAUGUUUUUAUCAAGGCAUGGUGAAAAUCUUUUAUCACCAAUGGGGAAAAAAUUCAUUCAUGAGAGAACCAACAUGACAAACAAUACUAGUGGAAAUACUUUGGUGCUUUCCUCAAUAUCCCAAGUAAUUGUUGAAUUUUGGGAUCAUUUAGUUUUUAAGAUGUUAAAAAGUAUUUCAACUGCCUCAACUAGUUGGAUCAACAACAAUCCAAGUAGUACUUUAUUCACUUCACUAAAACCUUCUCAACAAUUACAACUAAUAUCAAGAUCAUUGGACGUAUUAACAUUAAGCUUACAACAAAAUACCACCCACUCUCAAGACAGUAGUAGUUUCAAUAUUUGGUUCGUGGUUCCAGACAAUAUUCCAACCUUUGUACAAACGUUAAUUUCCAUUCUCAGUGCCUCCAUAACUACCAAUGUCAAUGUACAAAGCUCAAACUCAAACCAUACUCAGUUUAUUGGAACACUUAAAAAACUCAUGACACUCGCACAAGACAUUUUAUCAAUAUUAGAAAAUUUAGUUCCUGAAAUUUUGAAAAGAAUUGUCUCAACAGCAUUUUCAUCUGUUAAUGGCUCUCAAAACGUAAUACGAUUAGACAACAAAUGGAUCAAUGCUUGGCUUUCAAUUUUAGAGGGAAUUUCAGUUUUAUGUUGUACAGGAGGAAUUAACAAUUCGUCGAGCUCAGGAAAUGCUUUGCAUUUACUCAUGUCACAACUUAAUAAUAAUCAAAUUCAAAUGCUGUCUCAGCUUCAAAGAGAUAUUAGAACACAAGCCCUCUCUGCACUUCAAAGAUCUCUCAUUGUCAGUUGUGACUUUAAAUACGCUUCAUCCUUGAACCAGCAAUUAAUGAAUGAUUCUCCAAAUGAGAAUCUUAAGUAUUUACUUAAUGACCAAUUAUUGAUGCUCUGUAUGGAAAAGGUAUUAAUCAAAUCUUUCCUUCAAACUCUUUUAGGCUUGAAACCAAAAACAACAGAAUACCAAUCUAAUCACAAUACUGAAAUGGAUAUCUCAUCUCUGGAAGAACUUCGUGUCCGUGCUAACAAUUUAUUGGCCAGGAUAUUCCUCCACUUUCUGCCUAGAAUGUUCACAAUUUCAGAGAACCAACAGGAGAGUGGUUUUCACUCGUUGUGGCUUUUGAUUCUCCAAAUCAUGUAUAGCUUUUUGUUGGUAAAACCAAAGAGUGACCACUUAAGGGAAGCUUUACCUGAAUUACUUAAGAAUAUGAUUCUUGUUAUGAAUAAUAUUGAGGUGUUCAAAUUGAAUCCUCAACUAUGGACUCUUACAGAGAAUGAGCUUUCCCAAACUAUGCCUUCACUUGUUGAGGAUGUGAAACCACGAAUUAUUGCUUCAAUGAAUAGUAAUCAAUCCGACAAUACCCUUUCCAAUGAGAGUGAGACCAAUGCUUCUCCUGCUGCAACAAGCUCUGUUCUACCAACUCCGAACGAACAAGAGGUAACUCAGCCAAGGCAACAAUGA